AUGGCCGAGCCGGGCCGCGGGCCGCCCGGCGCUCCCGCUCCCGCUCCCGCUCCCGCUCCCGCUCCCGCGCCCACGCCCACGCCGGGCACGGAGGGGCUGCCGCGCGCCUUCCUGCAGAGCCUGCGCACCCUCUUUGACAUCCUGGAUGACCGGCGGCGCGGCUGCGUGCACCUGCGCGAGAUCGAGUCCCGCUGGCAGGGCGCCGACGCGCGCGAGUUGCCCCGCGGCGUGCUGGAGGGCCUGCGCCAGGUGGCCCCGGCCAGCGGCUACCUAACCUUCGAGCGCUUCGUGGCCGGCCUGCGCACCUCGCUGCUGAGCGCCGACGGCGGCCCGCGGGGCCAGGCACGAGCCCCGGCCCGGGGAGGCUGCCCGGCGCGGCCUGGGGGACCGCCGCCGCCGCCGCGCCUGGUGUUCGCUCCGGCUGAUGAGCCGCGGACGGUCCUGGAGAGGAAGGCCCUACCCCCGGGCGCGCGGCCCCCGCCAGCCGUCCCCGGAGGCGCGGCCCGCAGCCUGGAGAAGCUGUGCGCGCCGGCGGAGGCAGCGCCCGGUCCUGCGGAGCCCGAGCGGCCCCAGGGCGCGGCGCUGGAGCGGAGCCCGAGCGCGGACGCUGGUGCAGCAGCCUGCAGGCCCCGGGAGCUCAGUGUGGGUGAUGCCCAUCGGGUCCUUCGUGCCCGAGGGGAGCGUCGGCGGCAUACCAUCACCAACGGCGUGGACUGUGACCUGCUAAAGCAGAUGCAGGAGCUGGAACAGGAGAAGGAGGUGCUGCUACAAGGUCUGGAGAUGAUGGCGCGGGGUCGAGACUGGUACCAGCAGCAGCUGCAGCGUGUACAGGAGCGCCAGCGCCGCCUGGGCCAGAGCAGGGCCAGCGCUGACUUUGGGGCUGAGGGGAGCCCCCUCCCACUGGGCCGGCUGCUGCCCAAGGUACAGGAGGUGGCCCGGUGCCUGGGGGAGCUGCUGACUGCAGCCUGUGCCAGCAGGGCUCUGCCCUCAUUGUCCUCGGGGCCCCCGUGUCCAGCCCCAGGCCCUGCCUCACCCUCCACCACAGGCUGGCAGCAGCAGACCAUCCUCAUGCUGAAAGAACAGAACCGUCUCCUCACCCAGGAGGUGACCAGCAAGAGUGAGCGUAUCACGCAACUGGAGCAGGAGAAAUCUUCCCUCAUCAAGCAGCUGUUCGAGGCACGCGCCCUCAGCCAGCAGGAUGCCGGGCCCCUGGACUCCACCUUCAUCUAGUUGGCCAUGGCCAUGGGCAUGGACACGGAGCUCUCAGUGCCUGGCCUGGCAGGCAGCCCGGGUGGGUACCUCAGGCUGAAGACCACCUGACUGGCCAGGACCCAGAUUUCUUCUUCUCUUCCAAUCUGGGCUCCCCCAGCCCCUCAGCCCCAGGUGGAGCCUGCAUGUGGGCUGUGCCCCAAUAUGUCCCAUGGCCCCAGACACAGACCAGGUUGUAGCCCGGGGGUGCUAAACUGGGGUGGGGCUUCCUAGUGCUAACGUGGCCCUAAGCUGCUACUACCACUGCCAGUGGACACUGAGGGAUCCUCCUCACGUUUACCCUGAUCUUGGGCAGCUCUGGGCAGGCCCCCUCCCGUGUGUACAUACAGCUGGCCUUUCCUUUCUGACCUGGGGUCUCCAGUAAGAGGUACUGGUCCCACUGGGCUGCACUUCUGACCACAGCCAGCAGAGGGUGCCUCGCGCUCGCAGACCCAAAGCUGCCCAGCAGAUGCCUCUGUGAGGUCUGUGGUCAGGUGCCCUGACCAGGGCUGGCAGGCCUGGGGGCCCAGCAGGUGAUGGGGCCCAGGAGCCCCAGGGCAUCUUCCCUCCCUCAGGUCUAGUGGCUGUCUUUCUCCUAGAAGCAGAUGAAAACGGUAAAGGGUGGUUUCUAGGAGGAGGUCUGCUUGUGUCAGAGGUCAUGCCUGGGCCAAGGCUGGCCUGCUUGCCCCUCCUCUCAGGAUCCCGGACCUUAAAACAACUUGGGUUGGCUGUCAUCCACCCCCUUUGCAAAACUGAGCCCAUGGAGCAACCUGUGACCCACCCCAGGGCCUCAGGCCACCGGGCAUCCUGGCCAGGCCAGGCUAUGGUCACCAGGGUUGCUGGGAUGUGCCCAUUCCCUGGGAAGAGAGAUGUGGGCAUGGCUGUGCGAGAGAAUGGGCCCCCCAGGUGUGCCCCAAGGUUCCUUAUAGGCAAGUGCCCCCACCAGGGCCUACCCCACAUGACCCAAGUUUCCCGAGAUAGAGGGCCUGCCUUACCCUCCCUGACCCCAGAUUCAGGUGGGCUCAGCCAUAGGAAAGGAAGACCAUGGGGUUCAGGGAGAGAUCAGAGACAGGGGCCUCAUCAGGGAUGACUCUCCAGCCCUACACCAGCCUCUGAGGGGAACCUCCACCCCAGGAAGGAGGGGGAGCAUGACCUGUGCCAGCAUCUCCGCAGGAGCUUGCCUCCUACACCGAGGAUGUGACAUCACCUUUGGGUCAUGUGGUAGGGGCCCCAGGCGUGAGGCUUGAGUAUAUAGGGAGAGACGUCGUAAACCCAGAAGGUUUAGGCACAUGGACUCCCAGAGCCUUGGAGAGAUCCUGGGUCUGGGGUGCUGGCCAUGCCCUGCCAACCCCAGCUCUGAGCUCCCCACAUUGUGCUCCAGGGCUUACAGGGAGGGAGGGGGUGUCCUGGUUCGGGCCCACAUCUGCCCCGCAUGCAAGCUGCCCUCCUUAGAGGAUGGGGUGGGUUCUUUUGGGGGCCCGAGAACCCCUGACCUGGACCCACACAGGCUCUGCGAGACAGGCACCCAGAGGGGAAUGGGGUCCUGAAGGGAAGAUGAGGUUCCCAGCACCCGCUGGGACGUGCAGGGCAGUGGCCAGCCCAGGAGAAAUCCUCCCCCAUGACAGUCUGGGCCCUGCCCACUGCGACCUCCCCAAAGCCACCUGUUCUUGGAUCUGCUCUUCCCCGUUCGGUCCCACCACUACUGCCUCCACACCAGCAUCUCACUAGGAUUUUCUGCUCACAGGUUCUCCCAUGACAUUCCAAAAAGUGGAAACUACUUGUCCUCUGUAUCCUCCCAUGACCCUGUGGCUCAGGGCAGCCCCCAGGCUCCGCAUCCAGAGCCCUUCCCAAUCCUGCCAGUAGCUGGGUUGCAGCUAGACAGCCAGCCUCCCACCUCUGCUCUUUGCAAGUGGUGUUCCCUGGAACAUCGCUUCCCUGCUCCACCGGCUGCUGCCCAGCCCUCCGCUAGGGAGCGAAGGGACCUGAAGAGGCUGCCGGGCGUCCACAUUCCUUCUGCUGACUUCACACGACUGCCUAGCUGUCUCACCAGACCUGCCAGAGAUAGUCGCCCUUCAGUUGCGAGGAACAUGUGAGAGAAGCUGGCCACGCAGAAGGCAAGCUGGGAGUACAAAUCCCUUGUGGCCUCAGUGUCCCACCCAGGGUGAGAAAACAUACCCUCUCUGUUUGCAGUCUGAAGACAGGCUCCCUGUGGGCCCUAGAGACCUCAGGGGAAGGAUUUAAGUGGUCCCAAGUUGGCAAGUGCAGCUGGAAGGCAGACUGCCUCCUCUGCGAAGCACUAGUGACAUUCGAGGCUGAGUCGUGGGUGGGGGGAUGGGAGGUUGUCUUCUGUGCUGUGUGACUGUGACGAUAGUGACGACAUCUCUGGCUUGUAUCCACACAUCUAGUUCUGACAACUAAUGUCUCAGGAUGUUGCCAAAUGUCUCGAGGGGUGGUGGUGGUAGAAACAUUGUCCCUGAUUGAGAAUUACUGCCCAAAAUUUCAUGGAGGCCAAGUCCCAAAGAAAUUAGGCAUCUCCAAAUUUAAAAAAACAUUUUCACAAACAACCAGGAGUGCACUUGCCACGAGAGCCAGCAGAGACAACAGAUCCUGCAAAUAUUUCAGAUAUUGGAAUUAUCAGAGAAUAUAUGGCUUUUAUAUAAAAGAGAUUCUUGAAAAUAUAAACACGGCACAGUCUUUAUAUAGCUCAUCCCAUGAAAUAAUCUUUUAGUUUAUAAAGAUGAGCAAUAAAGCAUGAAAGAUCAAACAACUUACAGAAAUAAAAUAUAAAUUAAAAUUAAACCUCAGGGAUGCCUAGGUAGCUCAGCAGUUGAGCAUCUGCCUUCGGCUCAGGUGGUAACCCCGGGGUCCCAGGAUUGAGUCCCACAUUGGGCUCCUCGCAGGGAGCCUGAUUCUCCCUCUGUCUGUGUUUCUGCCUCUCUCUGUCUCUCAUGAAUAAAUAAAAUCUUAAAAAAAAAAAAAAAAAAGAAAGAAAUUAAACCUAAAAUGGACUAAACUGAUGAAAGUUUUCAGCUGGAGUUGGUGAACCAGAAGAGUGUAGGAAGUGAUCCAGGGCAGAGCCCAGAGUCUGAUGGGAAGUGUGAAUGACAGGCGAGGGUCACUCCUCUGGUUGCAUUUCCUAGAAGAGGAUGAGGAAGGAGGGGCAACAUAGGAAGAUAAGCAGGCUUCCAGUUUUUCAGAAUUGUCUAGAAAUCUCAGUUCUCCAAUCCGGAAAUCACAACAAAUGCCAGCCAGGCCUGAGAGGAAGAAAUGCACAUUCCCUCUCCCGAGACCAUAGGAGAACCACCCAUAAGGCCGGACCCAGAGCAACCUUUCAUAGAGUGAACACAACAUAAAAACAUUUCAAAAAUAAAAAUUUUCAAAAAAAAAAAAAAAA